AACGGUUUCUGUGUGAAAUGUGAUCCGCGUUGUAACCAUUGGCAACAGAUUACAACAUCUCUAAUCCAAUCAAAAGCAGAAGCUCCAAGAGAGCGCGGGUUCCUCGACCAAUCAAAAGCGGACGGAUAAUGAUUGACGUCUCGUUCAUCCACCUGUGUUUGAAUGCGAAGGUUGGCGUUAUUUAAAAGUGAAAACCGUUCGCUGGGCUUUGCAGAGUUUAGACGACGCGCGGUGGGAGAGAGUUCACUACAUUUGUUUUUUAAUGAGAAAGUGCUUUUUUCCUUAACGAUUCAACAUGAGAGAAAUUGUUCACCUGCAGGCUGGUCAAUGUGGAAACCAAAUCGGUGCCAAAUUUUGGGAGGUGAUUAGUGAUGAGCACGGAAUUGACCCGACAGGAACUUACCAUGGGGACAGUGAUCUGCAGUUGGAGCGGAUUAAUGUGUACUACAAUGAAGCCACUGGUGGAAAGUAUGUUCCUCGUGCUGUUCUUGUCGACCUGGAGCCUGGAACUAUGGAUUCGGUGAGAUCUGGACCAUUUGGGCAGGUCUUCCGACCAGAUAACUUUGUCUUUGGUCAGAGUGGUGCUGGAAACAACUGGGCCAAGGGUCAUUACACAGAAGGUGCUGAGCUUGUAGACUCUGUUCUUGAUGUGGUCCGUAAGGAGGCGGAAAGCUGCGACUGCCUGCAAGGCUUCCAGCUCACCCACUCCCUUGGAGGAGGCACCGGGUCAGGCAUGGGCACGCUCCUCAUUAGCAAAAUCCGUGAGGAGUACCCAGACCGCAUCAUGAACACCUUCAGCGUGGUGCCCUCACCUAAAGUCUCAGACACUGUUGUAGAGCCUUACAAUGCCACGCUGUCCGUCCAUCAACUGGUGGAGAACACGGAUGAAACGUUUUGCAUCGACAACGAGGCGCUGUAUGACAUUUGCUUCCGUACACUCAAACUCACUACACCAACCUACGGCGAUCUCAACCACCUCGUGUCAGCCACAAUGAGCGGGGUCACCACCUGCCUGCGCUUCCCCGGCCAACUCAAUGCUGACCUGCGCAAACUGGCCGUCAACAUGGUGCCUUUCCCCCGUCUGCAUUUCUUCAUGCCAGGCUUCGCCCCCCUCACCAGCAGGGGGAGUCAGCAAUACCGAGCUCUUACAGUUCCUGAGCUCACACAGCAGAUGUUCGAUGCCAAGAACAUGAUGGCUGCUUGUGACCCCCGCCAUGGUCGCUAUCUCACCGUGGCCGCCAUUUUCCGAGGCCGCAUGUCUAUGAAGGAAGUGGAUGAGCAGAUGCUGAAUGUCCAGAACAAGAACAGCAGCUAUUUUGUGGAGUGGAUCCCCAACAAUGUCAAGACCGCCGUGUGCGACAUACCGCCUCGUGGUCUCAAAAUGGCAGCCACUUUCAUCGGCAACAGCACCGCCAUCCAGGAGCUGUUCAAGCGCAUCUCUGAGCAGUUCACCGCUAUGUUCAGGCGCAAGGCCUUCUUGCAUUGGUAUACGGGUGAGGGGAUGGAUGAGAUGGAGUUCACGGAAGCCGAGAGCAACAUGAAUGACUUGGUGUCAGAGUACCAGCAGUACCAAGACGCCACUGCCGAAGAGGAGGGAGAGUUUGAGGAAGAGGGAGAGGAGGAGCUUGCAUAG